AUGAGUGUGCUCCGCUGGCACCGGCUCUCUGCGCUCUGGAAGAACUGGAUGUUCAACCAGGAGCCAACAGAAGAGCAGGGCCAGAUUUCAGAAGCUCCAGGGCAUGAAGCAGAGCCAGGGGGAAAGGAAGGGAGCACAUUCGGGGGGCGCACCUCUGACUUUCAGAACGUGACGGAAUCUAAAACCCAAAACUUGGAUUAUAAGAAGCAGAAAUCCGAAUCUGACACCCAGAAUGUGGAGUUUAAAAAUAUGACCACAGUCCCUAAGAUCCAGAAGUCUGAACUGUUAAAACGUAGCUGCUCCGAGCCAUGCCCUGAAGUCUCGUACUGUGAGGAUCAGUCUUCCAGCUACCCCCAAACACCUGAAGGUUGUGGGGGCAACUCCCGUAGAAGUUUCUGCUCUGAGGAGAAUGUUCCAUGUGUCUUGCAGGUGGAUAAUAGCAGCGAAGGGGACGACAGCUUCUUGCAGAGGGAGGGUUCCCAACGCAGGUCCAGACGGCGCUUCAGAAGGGUCAACCCCAAGGGAGAGCGGGAACUGAUCACAGACGGCCAAGACCCAGCCAGCUACAACACGGACUAUGUCAACAACCAGCUUCCUGCCGAUCUCAAUAAGAUGCACCUAACAGACCAUGCCCACCAGCAGGUGAUGCACAUGCCGCCCAGCCAGUCGGGAUGUAGCAUCGCCAGUGACUCGGGGAGCAGCAGCCUUUCAGAUAUUUACCAGGCCACAGAGAGUGAUUUGGGGGAUGUCGACCUGUCUGGACUUCCAGAGGCUGCAGUGGACAGCGAGGAAGAGGAGGAGGAAGAUGAGGACCUGGAGAGAGCUUCAGACACUCUUCUCGGCCGAGACCUGGUCCGAGAGUGUCUAGAAAAAGAUCCAGUCGACCGCAAUGAUGACGACAUUGAGCAACUGCUGGAGUUCAUGCACCAGCUGCCUGCCUUUGCUAACAUGACCAUGUCUGUGCGGAGGGACUUGUGUAGCGUCAUGGUGUUCGAAGUGGUGGAGCAGGCUGGUACAAUCAUACUGCACGACAAACAGGAGCUGGACCUUUGGUAUGUCAUCCUGAACGGAGCAGUCGAAAUCAGCCAUGCAGAUGGAAGAGCGGAGACUCUCUGUAUGGGCAACAGCUUUGGCAUCUCACCCUCACUGGAUAAGCAGUACAUGAAUGGGGAGGUUCGCACCAAAGGGGACGACUGCCAGUUUGUCUGCAUCGCCCAGGAGGACUACUGGCGCAUCCUCAACCAUGUGGAGAGGAAUACGCACAAGGUGGAAGAGGAGGGGGAGAUUGUGAUGGUGAAGGAGCACCGGGAGCUGGACCGCAGUGGGACCAGGAAAGGACACAUUGUCAUUAAGGGAACCCCAGAGCGUCUGAUCAUGCACCUUGUGGAGGAACCAUCGGUGGUGGACCCCACCUACAUCGAAGACUUCCUGCUGACUUACAGGACAUUCCUUUCAAGUCCCAUGAAGGUUGGCAAGAAGCUGCUGGAGUGGUUCCAGAUGGACAGCCUUCGUGACACAGUAACUAGAAUAGUGCUGCUGUGGGUCAACAACCACUUCAAUGACUUUGAGGGUGACCCGGCUAUGACGCGCUUCUUGGAGGACUUUGAGAAACAUCUAGAAGCCACAAAAAUGAAGGGCCAUUUGAGGCUGCUGAACAUAGCAUGUGCAGCCAAGGCUAAAUGGAGACAGAUCACUCUGCAGAAAGCGUCGAGGGAAUCGCCGCUCCACUUCAGCGUGCAGGGCGGCAGUGAGAGAGGAUUUGGCAUCUUUGUUGAGUCGGUGGAAGAAGGAAGCAAAGCUGCAGAAGCAGGACUCAAAAGGGGAGAUCAGAUCAUGGAGAUUAAUGGUCAGAACUUUGAGAAUAUCUCCCUCUCCAAAGCUGCUGACAUCCUGAGAAAUAACACACACCUCUCUCUCACAGUUAAAACCAACAUAUUCGUCUUCAAAGAGCUCCUUAGCAGGCUCACGCACGAGAAGAAAAACGGCGGCCUUCACAUUCCCAAGAUCCAGGAGAAAAAAGGGAAUCGUUUCUCCAUUCCCGACCUUCCCGGAGACAUGGAGUUCCCUACUGACAGCAAGAGCACUCGCAAAAUGAAGGCCAACACUGUGUCUGGAGGACGAAACAAGAUCAGGAAGAUGCUGGAGAAGACACGUUUCAGUAUACUGCCACCUAAACCAUUCAGUGAUGGCGGCUUGGGUCACUCUCAAGAUGACAGCAUUGUGGGUACCAAGCAGUGCCGUCACAGCGUGGCCAUCAUGCCCAUUCCUGGAAACCUCUCGUCAAGUAGCCCAGACCUGCUGCAGCCAGCAACCAGCAUCCUGGACUUCUCCAUCCCUGCAGCUCUGGGACUCUACUACAUCCCAGACCAGGUAAUUCGAGUGUUCAAGGCCGACCAGCAGAGCUGCUACAUAAUCAUCAGUAAGGACACUACUGCCAAGGAUGUCGUCGCACACACUGUCAAUGAGUUUGGACUCGUUGCAGCACCUGAGACCUACUCCCUGUGUGAGGUAUCGGUUAGCCCAGAGGGAGUCAUAAAACAGCGCCGCCUGCCUGACCAGCUCUCCAAACUGGCUGAUCGAAUUCAGCUCAACGGCAGGUAUUACCUGAAGAACAACAUGGAGACAGAGACAUUGUGUUCAGAUGAGGAUGCCCAGGAUCUGCUCAGAGAGAGUCAGAUCUCGCUUCUGCAGCUGAGCACCAUGGAGGUCGCUGCCCAGCUGUCCAUGAGAGACUUUGAACUCUUCAGGAACAUCGAGUCCACCGAGUAUGUGGAUGACUUGUUUAAACUAGACUCCUCUGUGGGAAGUGGCAAUCUGAAACAGUUUGAGGAGGUAAUAAACCAGGAGACCUUCUGGGUGGCCACAGAGAUCUUGAAGGAGCCCAACACUCUGAAGAGGAUGAAAACCAUCAAACACUUAAUCAAGAUCGCCCUUCACUGCAGAGAGUGCAAGAACUUCAACUCCAUGUUCGCUAUUAUCAGCGGACUGAACCUGGCACCGGUGGCUCGACUGCGGAGUUCCUGGGAAAAAUUGCCCAGCAAGUACGAGAAGCUCUUUGGGGACCUGCAAGAUCUCUUCGACCCAUCCAGGAACAUGGCCAAGUACCGCAACGUGCUGAGCAGCCAGAGCAUGCAGCCACCUAUCAUCCCGCUGUUCCCAGUGGUCAAGAAGGACCUCACCUUCUUACAUGAAGGCAAUGACUCAAGUGUUGACGGCCUUGUGAACUUUGAGAAGCUGAGGAUGAUCGCUAAGGAGAUCAGACAUGUGGUGCGGAUGACCUCAGCCAACAUGGACCCUGCCCUCAUGUUUAGGCAAAGGUCUUUGAGUCAGGGCAGCACUAAUUCCAAUAUGUUGGACGUGCAAGGCGGAGCCCACAAGAAGAGAGUUCGUCGAAGCUCGCUUCUCAAUGCUAAGAAGCUGUAUGAAGAUGCUCAAAUGGCCAGAAAGGUGAAGCAAUACCUUUCUAACCUUACAGUGGAGACAGAUGAGGAGAAACACCAGAUCAUGUCCCUGCAGUGUGAGCCGUCUUACAACACUUUGUCUAAGAAUUUGAAUGAGAGGCGAUCCACUAAGUCGGAUAUGUCUCCAGUGUCUCUACGGUCAACUCUGCCCUCUGGAAAAACACACAACAGGGUGUCACAAGUCCUACAGGUCCAGGUCCCACUGAACCCUCUACGAAAGAAGAGCACUGCCAAGGACAUAGGUUCACUUAAUUCCAACUCUCCCCAGGUGGUUAAGAAGCCACCAGUGAACUCAUCAGAGGAGUGGAGCACCAAGAGACCAUCUGAUGACACCGUUUCCACCAUCUCCUCCCUUCACUCAAGCCCCACGGUGUCGCCUCAGGGCUCCCCGCGCAAAGUGGGAGGUGUGGCAAAGUCCCAGAACUCCAGCCAGAUGAACUUGUCAGGAUCUUCAUCAUCACUGACCAGCGACGCCAGCUCAAAGGCCACUGUCAGUCUGCGCAGCUACGGCAUAGGUUAUGCCCUCCUACCAGCCGGUAAAGCUGACAACCUGUCGGACUCGAGUCACAGCGAGAUCUCCUCCCGCUCCAGUAUUUGUUCAGUCGACUCGGUGCCUGCUCCUGGGCCUGAUGACCGAUGUAACAGCAGCAGCAGGACCUGUACUACUACUGCCACUAUUGCUACUACAACUUCUACAAUGGGUGCUGCAGUUCCUGAGAGUGCAGCAGGAAUGCAUGCUCACAUGAAUGCUGAUUAUAACCAGCCCGGCACAAGUAGUUCCUCAUCAGCUCGAGGAUACGCAACGCGAGCCUCCACUUUCACCUCCUCAAUCUCAACAGAGGAGCUGACCCAAGACCACACCUCUCUGGACUCGGUGGCCGACAGCGGCCGCGGCAGCUGGACGUCCUGCUCCUCCAACUCCCACGACUCCUUCCAGAGCCUCCCCGCCUCCUCCUGUCGGCCUUGGGACCACGGCAUCCACGGCCACCCGCUUGCUCUCUCGCACAUGCACUUCAAGCACACGCAGAUAGCCCGGCCAAUAGCGGAGGUCGAAGCUGCCACGCCCAUGUGGGCGAGCGACAGCAGCGCUAAGCAGCACUCCAGAGACUCGAGCUCAGAUCUGUCCAAUCAGUGUCGGCAGAGCUGGGCGUCGUCCGGUUCGCUCUCGGACACCUAUGAGGGGAAUUAUGGGACGAUAAAGCGGCGAAACACCUCGGAGCACCCCUCCUCACCAGCCAAAGAGGAAGGAGGGCAAAGCACAGACCCUGCCUACAAAACGGUGACAUCAAGCACAGAGAAGGGCCUGAUAGUGUAUUGUGUCACCUCCCCUGCCAAGGAUGAGCGUUACCGAGCUCCCCCUCCCACCCCUCCAGGCUACCAGGGGCUGGCUCUGGGGGACCUUGGCCUCACAGACGGAGUAAUAGGUGGGCCAGGAGGGAACCUCCCCAGGCCUCCUCACCUCAAACCUCCAGACUACAGCGUGGCAUUGCAAAGGAGCAAACUCCUGCAGAGCCCCAGAGCGGCCAGCAGUCUGGCUGAGGCACGCAGGCUGGCUACUAACCUUCACCUCCAACACCAAGAUGCACGGACAGCUGGGUCCACAGCAGGCCACUCCAGACCCCCAAGCACUUGCCACCCACCACAGGAUCUGGCUGACAGUGAGGAUGAUGAACAAGUGUCAGCGGUGUAAAGACGCCGACGUCACAUCUCACACACGGACCGAGUGGUUUUGAUCAGGCUUGGGACUAAACUAGCGAGCCUGUCGUCAUCAAAUGUCAGAGCACAUUCUCCGAGCCCCACCCGACCCAAGGCCCCUUGUGGCCACCCAUGAACCUGACCAGUCAGUCAGGUGACCUCUGUCCAACUCCCAAGACUCACACAAGCACCUCUUUUUAAACUCAUUUAACAAAACAAAGAAAAAAAAAAAAAAAAGACUUUUUUUUAAAAACUCUGUACAAAGCGGGGGGGGCGAUGUGAUGGGAUCAUAUCGCGGUAGAUGGACAUAAAAAAGAAGGAAAGAGUGACAUGCGAAGAAGUCACACUCCUCGUAAAUAGACCAUGUACCUCCAUUUUGUGCUCCAAGCUCACUUAUCUAAAAAUGUUUUUUUUUUUUUUGUUAAAUUAAAAUAUUGUACAGUGACUUUUUUUUUUUUUUGGAAAGUAUUCAUUUUUCUUCUUUUCAGUUGCAUCUCUGAACUUUUACAUGAGGAUAGUGAGGCGGAGCGGACAAAAGGGAUGGAAAGUUGUAGUCAGCUGUGCAGUAUUGGAAUAAACAUGAACUCGUGGGGGAUUUUCUUUUUUUUCUUGAUUUUUUUUUUUUUUGCAAGAUUGUCGUCCGCUCAAAAGGAGAUGAAUGUGAAACAGAGAGACAAACUGUGGCACUGAUGAGAUACAUUUACAUAGAUGACACCAUCCCCAUGCUAAUAAAGUAAGUGCACAAAAAACAGUUACAGUAGUUACACUUUGACUGCACCGGAGGUCAGGAAAGCCCCUCAGGCGCCAUUUUUUUUCACUCCCUCUUCAGGUGGUGACAAAAGAGCAACAACAGAAGGCAUGUCUGUUUACGUUUAACACUUAUUGUACUUUGCUGAGCUUUACAGAAAAAAUUUAAAAAAAGACAAACUGCGUAUCUCAGGCAGUUUCCCGUGUCUCCGUGUUGCGCUCUCCACCGCCAGCCACCUCUGUUAUUGCUUGUUUAGUGUGUCGCGAGGUACUUUAGCGGCAUGCUGCCUCCUGGAUGUUCUAUAAAAACUGUAUCAUAACUUGAUUUUAAUGAGCUGAAGAACAAAUGCCUUGCUGCUUACUGUAGAGUUUUAAAAAGUGUUGUUAUUUAAUUGCAGCAGCUAUAAUAAAAUGAUAAAUUAGCACUGUGUGACCACACAAUGUGCAUGCAUAUAUGUAUACGCACGCGCACACACACACACACACACACACACACACACACACACACACACCGAAAUCAAGCUGGUGUGCAUAAAGACAAAGGACAGUGUUUACACCAGUGCUUAAAUAUUUUGUUUACAGUGUUUAUUAGACUAGUUGUCUAUUGAAUUACAAGCUGAAGUGUUCGAGUGUAACGCUCCAGGCUCAGCCGCCCUUGUAAAUGUGUUAAUAAUGCAGCAGGAAUAUGCAGAUGCAGCAUAACCUUUGAUUAUGUGCUCACAGUGUACCUCUCUCAUCUUUUUUUUUGUUGUUUUUUUUGUUUUGUUUGUUGUUUUUCUUUUUUUUGCUUCCUAUUUAAAAGAGCGAGCGUCAAACACAAGUCGGCGGAUAUUUUAAAUCGUGGUUGGCAUCUCUUGGCGUGUCCAUAGUAUAUUUUGUAGAAUAUUUAAAGAGGAUGUGCUUGAAAAUCGUUUAUUUGUAUUGAAAACAGAAGCAAAUUUGUACAUUCAAAAAUGGAUUUUUUUUUUUUUUUUUGUGUAUUUUUUUCCCUGCAGUUUGGCAGGGGUGUAACUGGAAUUAGAUGUUCUUCUCCUUUUGCUGUUUGUCGUGCGCUCUGUAAUACUUCUUUUGUUUUGCCACACGAAGACUUGAAAUGACUGAUGCUAAUGUAUAUAUACCUGGCAUAUAUAUAUGAAAUUACACAUAUAUAUAUUUUUGUUGUUUCUUUGCCAUAAAUUAAUGUUAUGAUGAGAGAAGAGAGUACUCUAUAAAGGCUAUUUUUGAAUAUUUUGUUAUAAGAAAUAACACAAGGUGGUGA